GACGUCGUUAUUACAUCGCCAAAAAAAAAAAGAAGAAUAGAAAAAAGAAGAGAAAACGGGAUGAAAUUUUGUUGCCGUAGAUUGAUGAUCCUUGCGCAAGGAUCGGGUAGGAGAGAAUAAUGCUCCGUGUUGACUAGGGCAACAGUCGGUGUGGUGCUUUAGGCUAUUACCAGCAGGAGAGAGUCAGGAAAGGGAAAUAAAGACGACAACAACAACAACAACAGGACUGAUGUCGUUUGCUCCUAAUGGGUUAUUGCCUUGACGUUGGAUGGAGGGGAGAGAAAGCGAAGGAGUUGAUGCGAAUCGUCACAAUACGUCGCAUUGAAUAUGGGAGAGGAGAUAGGAGAGAGUCGGUCCGUGCUGCUGUGUAGAGGGGAUAGAAAUCGAUCGCUGCGCCGGGGAUCACGCUGAGCAACUAGCGGAACAAAGAAAAGAAGAAAAGGGGGAGAAAAACAGCAUUAGAAAAUACUACACACACACACAUAGACAGACUGUAUGUACGAAGAAGAGACACGCCAGUAUAUAGUGCAAGUUGCCUUUUUUAUGAUAGGAAGGAAAGAAAGAAACGACACGGGGAUACAUCAGGAUCGAUAAAAGUCGUCAGUUUUCAUUUCCCAUAAGGACUGCUGCGACUAGACGCGAGCCGAGAAACGGAUGGUAAAUAAACCAGCGGACACGUCCCCCCACCCUCCCUUUUUGCAAAGUGAAAUGUUUCCUUCUCUUGUUUGGGAGCUCCUUUUUUUUUCUGGCCAAAGAAGAAGGAAAAAAGGAUUCUUUUUCUAUUUGUUGACUUCCAAAAAAAGACUGGGCACAAUGCCCUGGCCAUAUUGUCCCUGUUUUUCUCCAGAAAGAAGUGACGGGGUUGACGGGCAUAAUAAGACGUUGAUGAAUGACGUCACUCGGAUGGCUCGCCUAUUCGCCAAAGAAACAAACCAUCAAAUCAGCAGGAAAAACAAAGUUUCGAGUGGCCUAUAAGCAAACGGCCGUCGACAGCUGCCACAGUUUCAUUUCGCUCGUCUCGCACACAUGUGGGGCCCACCACCAGAAGAAAUUCGUCGACUUGGACACAGGAUCGAGAUGACAGGUUGACAACACGUGGUUCGCAUGAGGACCAUGUUUUUGCGCUGUCCAACUCCCAACCAUUUUUCAGCUGCAUCUCAUUUGUUUAGUUCUUUUUUUGCCCGUUUUGUAGAUGAGGGGGGGACUGCUGGGCACGAGUGAACUAGUGCCACCCGUCGGUUUUCUCUGACUCUGAACAAAGUCAGCCGGAAGCUUCCACCCAUGGCUGUACACGUCUUUUUUCUACCAGCAAUUCGUUUUUUUUCUAAAGUCGAAGUAAUAAAACCCCCCGAACUAAAGUUUAAAAAAGGGGGUCCUACACAUUUUCGACAGCCGUUUGCAGUUGGUCCGUCGUAUAUAGAGAGGAGACACUCCGGCCAACUAUUCUACACAGACGGUUAUAUGACCUACAUGUCAAGUGCUGGACCAUAUGGCGACCACCUUGUCCCGUAAACUAUAGGAGAAACAGAAUAAUAGAAAAGAAAAGAAGAAAAAGAAUUUUCCAAUCGCAGCCAGAUUUCUCUCCUUUUUUUGUUGGCUUAGAGUUGAGUCAUUUCUAAGUGAAUUACAAUCAACUCUUAUCGAGGAUUUGAUUCCGCAAUUUAUUGUCUGUGGGAAAAUUGAUGGUCACCGAAAUGAAGUGAAAAAACCCCAACGGUCGUCGUCGUCGUCCGAUUUUUCUUAAAAGCAAAGCCGAGCGCCACCGAUCGACCGACAAUCCCCUUGGAUGCCAUUGUCCGCAUUCAAACGGAUCAUUUUUCACUUGUUCAUUUCCCAGCCGAGUUAUUAUUAUUAUCAUUACUAUUACUGCGCCGGGGUUUAUAGCAGAUAAGCGAGCUCUUGCCGGACUCAUGCCUAAGGCGGCCCCUUCUAUCAAAACAGGGGGCCUGGGAAGGAAGGAUGGAUGGAUUGGCUCAAAAGGAAUCUCGAAUAACCCGAAAAGUUCAAGUAACUGCUCGUUUCUCCGCACACACAGCACGUGGUUUUUCCCUUAUCCCUCCCCCUCGUUUUGAGCCAUUGAGGCGCUCCAUCAGUUUCUUCUGGAAAUCCAUUGGUGUUUUCCAACUGUUGUCAGAGAAAAUCGGAGGGAGGAAAACGGGAGGGGGGUAGAAAAAGAGCGUGGCGGUGUCAAAUUCUCCAUGUGAUUGUGUUUCCUUUCUAAACCAGUUCCGCUUUUUUCUCUCCGCCGUCCAUUUGAAUGUUGAAAAACUUUCCCCCCUCCCUCCCUGCGCACCCCACCCGAUCCCUUUUGCUCCACCCUGUUGUUGUGUUGUGUGGGGGAUGGAACUGGCGCUCGUCUUCAUCCCUCGUUAAGUUAGGCGCAACACCCCCAAAGAGGCCAUCAAGUGUUGAGUCGACGAGUGAAGAGGUUCAGUCGAGUAAGAGUCGCCCAUCCGAGUUGCAACAAGUGUCGAUUCCGUCCUUCAGCCGAACGAUUUUUUUGGGGCGGAGGUUUUAUUCGGGAGCUACCAAAAUUAUCGAUCCGUCGAUCGAUCCUGUGCGCGUUGGGUGGAUUAAUGACGAGUGACGAUUUGUUGAUGACGGAGCCGUCGGUCCCAAUGGACCGGCUGUCCAGCUGCUCGCUGGACAGCAUUAUCGGUUAUCUGGAUCAACUUUUGGGACGGAAUCAUGUGGAGGAGCCGGUCGAUCAAGUCGUGAUACGAUCCCGCUCACCGUCGCCGACUCGAAUUCAGAGCAGCGACAGCAGCAGCGGGCAUCCGAAACAGGGCAGCAUCCGGCGGAAGAUGCUGAGCUCCUCAUCGGAUCCCGUUCGAUCCAAUUUCACCCAGCAGCCAGAUGAUGAAGAAGCCAUCCAACGAGUGAUGGACCUGUCUUUCGCUUCCGUCUUCGAAAUGCCGUCCUCCUCCUUGUCCGGCCAUUCGCCCAGCAUGCCCGCCGUCCGCCCAGUUAUUGGAUGUCAAAAAGUGAUGACUGUCGUGACCGAGUCGAUCGAUCCGCCCGAAUCGCUCGACAGCGGCGUCGAGAGUAACAAAUCGGACGACGAGGCCCAGCAUUCCGGCGACUCCGAGCCGCGGAUUUGCGCCAGUCUGGGCGACAAGGGCCGCAACUACGCCAUCCCGUUGCAUCAACACGAUUACCAAAACUUGAUCGGCUCGCCAUUCCAGCAGCAACAGCAGCGGCGAUCUGCUGCUGCCCGCAGGAAUCACGGACAAGGGUCGUCGUCGUCCAAUAGCCGAGCUGCUGGUCGGGCGAAUCGAAACCGUCAGGAUCACGAGAAUAAUCCGUUGAAUAGCAAGAACAGCGCGUCAGCGUCGGCUGGGAAAGACGACAAGUUUUACGAGAUCUGCUUGGGUCACUUGUGCUGGCAAAUGGAAGCCGGAAACAGCGCGGCCGGAACUGGGCUCGGCUUUGAUCGAUGGAUCUCCAUUUUCUCGUUGCAGAAACAUCAGGACGAGUUGAUUCAGUUGUCGGGUAACACCGGCAGCCCGUCUUCCCCCUCCUCGGCAUCGCCGGCCAAUCACCGCAAGCACAGCCACCACCACCACAACCACCAGCUACCGCAACCGCCCACACAACAACAACAACAACAACAACAAUUGCAUCAUCAGGGUGGCAAGAGGCAGGGGCAACGGCAUCACAGCACCGGAGGGAUGAGCAGUCGACAAGGAUCGCAGGAAAACAACAACUCAGCGAAUAAUGGAAGGAGCAGUUCGACUUCGGGCGGAUUGGGGAUCCCCUCGAGAGAUCCGCCGGCGGUGGGUGACGCCAACGUCAACUGCGCCAAGUCUCCGACAACGUCGCCGCAGCGCCAGGAACGCAACCCGUCCGUCGUCAGCACUACACUGGCCGCCGACGGAGGCGUCUUGACGGCCAGUGGCAACGGCCGUAGCAACCCAUCGCCGCCCAGUAAUGCCCAGCAAUCAGCGGCCUCCACCAAUGCCGGGCAACCUUCAACCGGACCAACGGGACCCAACAGCAACAGCCAAAUCGCUCCGCUAAAUUUGUCGCCCAGCGAGCGGGCCAUGAUGAUGGGCAAGGUUUUGAAAACGCUCAUCAUGGCGGCUUCCUCCGCGUCGCCCGCUUCCGCCCUCAUUCGUGACCGCAAAGUGCCCGGACGGGGCACAGUCCGUCACUGUCUGGUCGGCACUGAAAUGGUCGACUGGCUCCUCGGUCUCAGUCCCGAAGUGCACAGCCGGGCCCAAGCCUCGGCCAUGUGGCAGGUUCUGCUGGACGAGCAAGUCAUUCUAGCCCUCUCGAAGGAGCACCAGUUCAAAGACAAGUUUGUCUUCUAUCGGUUCCACGAAGACGCCGAGGGUCGCGGUGACGGGCCGGCCGGCCGCAAGCCCGGCCAGGACGCUGUGCGCGACGCUCAACAGAAAAAGGACGAAGUCAUCUCGACGUUGACACAACUGGCGCCCGACGCCGUCCUUAAAGCCAUUCUACGAAAACCGACUCACGAUCGGUCCCCCGACGACCUGGAAAUCAUCUACGAGGAAUUGGUACACAUCAGGGCCCUGUCGCAUCUGUCAACCACCGUCAAGCGAGAGCUGGCUAAUAUCAUCGUCUUCGAAUCUCAUCCCAGAGCCGAAACCGUCCUGUUUAAUCAAGGAGACGAGGGCGUGUCGUGGUACGUGAUCCUGAAAGGCUCCGUCAACGUCGUCAUCCACGGCAAGGGCGUUGUCACGACGCUGCAGGACGGCGACGAUUUCGGCCAGUUGGCGCUCAUCAACAAUGCACCGAGAGCGGCGACGAUCAUCACGAGAGAAGACGGUUGUCAGUUCCUCCGCGUAGACAAGGACGACUUCAACCGGAUCCUGCGCGACGUCGAAGCCAACACGGUCCGGCUCAAGGAGCACGGGCGAGACGUCCUCGUCCUGGAGAAGGUCAGCGCCAACCCGAGCGCAGCUCAUCGACAUUCCGCCUCGUCGCACUACAAGUAUAAGUACACGGUGAUGGCCGGCAUGCCGCAGAAGAUGCUGGAACACUUGCUGGAAACGCGGCUGGAUGCGCGACACUUGAGCGUCCGUGACGAGGACAUAAUCCGCCCUUACUCGUCGGCCACCGACAUGUUCCUCGACGACUUCCUCUUGACGCACAUCAUGUUCAUGCCGACGCACCAGCUCAUCACGGAGCUCAUGAGGAAUUACCGGAUCGAGUCGCCGACGCAGGACAAGGAAUUCGUCGUGGCCAGCAAGUCGCGCGUCGUCAAUUUCGUCUACCAGUGGGUCACCAGCAUCCGCGAUCCCGUCUUUGACGAGACCAUCACCCACUCCUUUUUUGAGCAAUUGCACAGCGAAGUCCACGCCGACGCCCGGCUCUACCACACGCUACGGGAAGAGGCUGCCAUGCUGGAUCACGUCCAAGAGCUCUUAGGCGAAUACCGGGCCGCCAGACAACAAGGUGGUUCUUUGGCCACUUUAACGUGGACUUUGCCGGCUGGAGGACAAUCGGUCGUCCUCUUUUCGGCUGUCAACGCCGCGGCCACGGCAGCGGCUGGCAACAGGAAGGGCAGCGGCGAAUCGAACGCGGCCAGUGCCUUUAGCGCGGAGAAGCGUCGCCCCAUCCGCGCCGAUGACGAUAUCAUCUUCCGGGUCUACUGCGCUGACCACACUUAUUGCACGUUGCGACAGCCCGUCAACGCCACGGCGGAGACCAUCAAACUCAACGCGGCCGACAAGUUAGGAUUACGUCACGAAGAACUCGUCUUGGCUGAAAUCAAAUCCAACGGUGAAAAGUCGGUGAUUGCCGACACUGAGGUCAGCAUCGCCACCUGUUUGUCCAUCAACGGACGGAUCUUUGUUUCGCCGAAAGAUCACCUUGACGCCAUGACGGUGCUGCCGGACCAAGAAGGGCCUUCCGAUGGAACAUGCAAUGAGCUGGAGAUGUUCAGCACGCGAGAAUUGGCUUACUACAUCACGCUGAUCGAUUGGGAUCUCUUCUGUUCGGUUCACGAGUAUGAGCUGCUGUAUCACGUCGCCGGAGCGCAACCGUUCCGCAAAAUCAAGUCCAACCUGGAUCUGUUUUUGCGUCGCUUCAAUGAAAUUCAAUACUGGGUCGUCACAGAGAUUUGCUUGGCCAAUACGCUGGGAAAGAGAGUCCAACUCUUGCGCAAGUUCAUCAAAUUAGCCGCCUAUUGCAAAGAGUUCCAGAAUUUGAACGCUUUCUUUGCACUCGUCAUGGGUUUGAGUAACGUGGCCGUCAGUCGUCUGACUCAGACCUGGGAGCGUCUUCCAUCCAAGUUGAGGAAAAUGUUUACCGAGUUUGACGGUUUGAUUGAACCAUCGCGCAAUCACCGGGCCUACCGGAUUGCCGUGGGGAAAUUGCAGCCGCCCAUUCUACCGUUCAUGCCUUUACUCCUGAAAGAUAUGACAUUCACACACGAGGGUAACCGGACUCUACUGGACAGCGCCGGACUCAUCAAUUUCGAGAAGAUGCACAUGCUGGCGCAAACGAUGCGCACUCUCCGCUACUGCCGAAGUCGGCAACUACUGCUUCAGCCGCCAACGCCGCGUAGCGAGCAAGAAGUCCGCAACUACAUUCGCAACCUGAGGGUCAUCGACAACCAGCGCAUUCUUACGGGUCUCUCGCAGCGACUCGAGCCGAAACGGGCCUAAAAUUCCAGACGCAUAUCACCACGCAGCCUACUUUAUUACCAGACAGUCCCAUUUUAACUAUAAUUAAGCCGAUCGUUUAAUAACCGAUGAGAAGGGAGGAACACUGAUGAAGAUAAAGAGGAAACUUUGUCGGAUAAAUUUUUCGCACAAAACGCUUAAAUGAUCUAGAUCUUACCUUUCCUCUUUAUAUCUGCGUGUGUUUUUUAAAAUUGAUUGCGAUAACUUCAAAACACAUCAUUAUUCUAUAGAAGAAACCGUUCUGAUCAUUCUAUUUUUGCUAUGAAUCUUACAUAAACAUAUUAUUACUAUUUUAUCAAAUACAAAAAAAUAUAUAUAUUUAUCAAAGAUGUAUCAUUCAUAGUUUCCUAUCCGGAUCCUUCUGUGAAUUGCCUCCAAUUUAUCCUUGGCAUGUUUGUUAUAUUAGUUAUCUUUAUAGUUCUUUCUGUCCAUCCUGUUCGCAAUUCAUUGUCAAUUCGGAUGUCAAUCUCUUCAUUAGGCCUACAUCCUAUCUUUGACAUUUUUACUGAUCCUCGGGUGAUUUCUCCCAAAUUGCAUUUGUUUGCCAUUAUAAAUCUUGUGUCCUAUAGAGCCAGUUGGAAUUUGCGCCUUGUUGUGGUACGUCUUCUCCAAUCAAUCUUCUCCAUCACGUCCAUAUGUAAUCCUUGUUCCCGAUAUAAACUUUAUCAUCUGGUGA